AUGGAAUUCUGUGAGAAAUGUGGCCAGGUGGUCACGCUGGACAGCGUUUCCGUGACCUGCGCAGACCGUUGCGAACGAACCUUCCACGCGCCCUGUGUCAAUCUGUCCGCUGCGGUAGCAGAUUCAUUGGCGGCCGACGACGGCCUGCGCUGGUUCUACGACCAAUGCCGUCGCGGAAACAAGCGAAAGUUGGCGAGCACGGCGCUCCAACGGGAUUCGCCGCAACUACCGGCGGAGAUCUGGGUCGAGAUUUUCAAUCAGCUGUCCAGUUGGCAGCUGUUGAAGGUGCGGCUGGUCUGCCGUCGCUGGCGGGACAUCGUGGACGGCAGCUUGAACGCCAGAUUCACCGUCAGGUUUCCGAAACUGCCCAUCAUCGAUCGCGAGUACGAGCCGGUCCAGCUGCCGCUUCCCGUUAUCGAGUUUUACUUCGAUCAGACGCGAAUCGCCGCCGUCGGUUCCUGGUGGGCGUCGUUUGGACCGAACCUUACCGGAAUCACCAUGGUUGAGUGCAAAAUUAUGCUACCGAACCUGCUGGCCAUGCUGCGACAAACGGUCAACUUGACGCGUCUGGAGCUGCACGAAGUCAUUGUGGAUAUGUACGAGGCGAAUCCGGUUCCGGACUUCCGGCUGGACAAGUUGCAGCUGCUCGUUAUUGAGGGCGUCAAUCGGGCGGAGAAUUUGGAGCUUUUUCGGGAGAUUUGUCCUAAUCUGGGAUACUUGCAGCUCGUUUCGUGCUACCUUGACGAACGGAGCGAAGCUUUUCUGCGCCACGUCGUUGACUUUGUGGCCGUUCGGCACGCCAGUUUGAACAGCUUGGAAGUCGAUGGCGAUGAUCUGCUGCUGAGCGAGCUGAUCAAGUUGCGCCAGUGGAAGCUGGAGAAGCUAGUCUUGAGGAGUGGAGAUUUUGCGUUUGGCAACGUACGUGCUUUGGUCGAACUAUGUCGGAUGGUUCCGUGGUUGGUGGAACUAGGUGUAGAACCGGGCGUCUCGGCUUGGCAGGAAAUUACACGAAUUGGCCAACUCCUUCCGAAUCUGAAGAAGCUCGAACUGACUCUUAAAGGAAACCACCAGAACAAACCAUCGUUUCUAACCCGGAUGGCAGGCCUGCAAGUUCUCCAGCUUAAAUACGACACCUUAACCACAUGGUUCCUCGAUUUCGACGGAAUCGUCUGCCCUCAUCUGCACACACUCGUCCUCGAGCACAUCAACUGCGUGGACUCUCGCCUUGCGCAGUUCCUCGCCAGCGCGCCAAAACUCCGAGUCCUCUCGCUGAGCUGGUGCAAGUUCGACUGCUGGACGGAGAUCUUCCGAACGAUCGCCCCAUGCCGACGGCUGCAGCGACUCACGCUCAAGUGUAUCGAAGCCGACGACUACAACCGGUGCUUCUUCGACUACCUGGACGAUCUGCGGUACCUGGAGGUGCACAAGUGCGACGAAAUUCCGCAGGAAAUGCUGGCCACGCUGCUCAGCUUGUGUCCACGGCUGGAGGAGCUCGCCCUGACCUGCUUGGCGGACAAGAUCGACGAGGAAAUUCUGCGCGUGAUUUGCGAAAAGCUGCACCGGUUGGUGCGGGUGAAGAUCAUCGGGUGUGAACUGUCGGAACGGGAUGCCGGCUACGUUCGCGCCAAUUGUCACGUCCUGGAGUCGGUUCUGAUCGCCGAAUCUUUUGUCUAG